AUGGAGGAAAUCAAAGAUUCUCCAGACUACAACUGGUUCAGAAGCACAGUACCACUGAAAAGAAUUAUUGUUGACGAUGAUGACAGCAAAGUGUGGUCCUUGUACGACGCGGGCCCAAAGAGCAUUAGGUGCCCCAUUGUGUUCAUUCCGCCCGUCAGCGGGACUGCAGAAGUGUUCUUCCAACAGAUGUUGGCUUUGACAGGCUGGGGCUACAGAGUCAUAUCACUUCAGUAUCCAGUAUACUGGGAUCUCACGGAGUUCUGUGAUGGAUUUAGGAAGCUUCUCGAUCAUCUACAGUUAGAUAAGGUCCAUAUUUUUGGCGCAUCCUUGGGUGGCUUCCUGGCCCAGAAGUUUGCAGAAUUUACAUGCAAGUCCCCCAGAGUGCACUCUUUGAUACUGUGUAAUUCAUUCAGUGAUACCUCAAUCUUUAACCAGACAUGGACAGCGAACAGUUUUUGGUUGAUGCCAGCUUUCAUGUUGAAAAAGAUUGUCCUCGCCAACUUUGCUAAAGGACCUGUAGACCCAGAAAUGGCCGGUGCAAUUGACUUCAUGGUUGAUAGGCUGGAGAGCCUGAACCAGAGAGAACUGGCAUCCAGGUUAACACUUAACUGUCAGAACUCCUAUGUGGAGCCACACAAAAUAAUGGAUGUCGCUAUGACUAUUAUAGAUGUUUUUGAUCAGAGUGCACUCUCUUUAGAAGCAAAGGAAGAGAUGUAUAAAUUGUUUCCAAAUGCCAAAAGAGCUCAUCUGAAAACCGGUGGGAACUUCCCUUACCUUUGCCGAAGUGCUGACGUAAACCUCUACAUUCAGAUACAUCUGCGUCAGUUCCACGGGACAAGACACGCUGCCAUCGACCCAGCGAUGGUGAGUGCUGAGGAGCUGGAGGUCCAGAAGUGCCACUUGAAUACAUGCCAAGAUUCAGAUGAGGAGCAAUAA